AUGAAUGUCGUUCCGCUUGGUGCAGGGCAGGAUGUCGGGAGAUCAUGCGUCCUUGUCACCAUUGGAGGAAGGACAAUAAUGUUUGAUUGUGGGAUGCAUAUGGGAUUCAAUGACGAACGCAGAUUCCCUGACUUUUCAUAUAUCUCGAAGACUAAAAGCUUUGACAAGGCCAUAGAUUGCGUAGUAAUUUCACACUUCCAUCUAGAUCAUUGCGGAGCCCUCCCGUACUUCACAGAGGUUUGUGGAUAUAACGGGCCGGUUUAUAUGACCUUACCAACCAAGGAAGUCUGUCCAGUUCUAUUGGAUGACUUUAGAAAAAUAGUCGAAGGAAAGGGAGAUAGCAUUUUCACAUACCAGGACAUACUCAACUGUAUGAAAAAAGUCACUACAAUUAAUAUGAACGAGACAUAUAAGCAUGAUGAGGACUUCUACAUCACACCAUACUAUGCAGGGCAUGUUCUAGGAGCUGCAAUGUUCCAUGUUGUUGUUGGAGACCAGUCUGUUGUAUACACAGGAGACUAUAGCACAACGCCUGAUAAGCAUCUAGGCCCUGCAUCAAUCAAGUGCGUUCGGCCGGAUCUGCUGAUCACAGAAUCGACAUAUGGUUCGAUAACUAGAGACUGCAGAAGAGUCAAAGAAAGAGAAUUUCUUAAAGCUGUUUCUGACUGCAUAGCGAGAGGAGGGCGUGUUCUGAUUCCUAUAUUUGCAUUGGGAAGGGCACAGGAGCUAUGCCUGCUGCUGGAUGGAUACUGGGAAAGAACUGGACUAAAGAUACCUGUUUACUUUUCCAGUGGGCUAACCGAGAAGGCAAACGAGAUCUACAAAAAGUUUAUUAGCUAUACAAACGAAACUGUCAAAAGAAAGAUAUUUGAAAGGAAUGUGUUUGAAUACAAGCAUAUAAAGCCUUUUCAGAAGUAUUACAUGGAGAACAAGGGACCCAUGGUCUUGUUUGCAUCACCGGGGAUGCUUCACUCUGGGAUGUCCCUCAGGAUGUUCAAGGAAUGGUGUGAGGAUGAGAAAAACCUUGUGAUAAUACCUGGAUAUUGUGUCAGGGGAACGAUAGGGGAAAAGGUUCUGAACGGAGCAAAAAGAUUAGAGGUUCUUGGAGAGGAGAAGGACAUAAGGCUGGAAGUCAGGAACCUGGCAUUUAGUGCGCAUGCAGAUGCACAAGGGAUCUUGAAUGUAAUAGAACAGUGUAGCCCAAGGAAUGUGAUGCUUGUCCAUGGAGAAAGGUCUCGAAUGAAGCAGCUCAAAAGAAACAUCGAGGAAAGAUUUGGGAUUCCAACAUUUCUUCCACCCAAUGGAACACUUAUAAACAUUCCAUCGAAAAAUACCAUUAACCUGAGAAUAAGAAAGGAGAGCAUUUCUAAGUAUUUCAAGCCAAGCUUGUCAAAAAGCAAAGUUUCUCUAAGGAUGAAGCUAUCUUCGGAAAAAAAGGGGAAUUAUAUCGAUGUCAUGAGUUGCGAGGAGUACAUUGAAGAUAAUACUUAG